AGGUUGUGUUAGAGGUUCAAGUAUACGACAUAUUCACAGACUAUAUGGAUCCUUCCAUGAAGUGCUUCCCCGCGAAUCUUCUUGAAGAAGUAAAAGGAUGACAUUUUUGUAUAAAAAAGGAUACUACAUUUCAGGAUAACUAGUUAAAUCUAAAUAUGGAGAUGUCAAAUGAAAGUAAGGAGAUAAGUUCUCAAACAGUUUCAUCAAGAGCUGUUUUAAAAUACGAAGAUGCAGUAUCACUUAAUCAAUAUGUUCAGUUAGAAAAGCACACAGACCUAAAUCUGCCACCAUCAAACUGGCUAAGAGAUAACAUGGCUGGGAGGUUUGCAACACAAAAAACAAAAGAAACCUUUGACUGCAGUAGUUUAUUCAUGGCAAAUAAAUACCCUGAGCUGAUUGGAGAAGUGGAUGUUAUAUCAGCUGCAGAUCAUAUCAAAAAAUUGCUAAAAACCCCAUUCAGUAAUUCAGAAUUGAGCAUGUCUGUCCAUUGCAUUGGUAAAUCUCUUCUUCUGAACGAAAUCGAUGUGCCUAGAUUAUUACAACAAUCCAGUAUUUACUGUGGUGAUCCUAACUUACAAUGGCUGCAUGACCUUUAUUGUUCAGCUGCAAACAUUCCACUAGGCAGUGAGCUGUUACCCAAGAAGAGAAACAAACUAAAAAGCGAGAUUGAAACAAUUCAUUCAAAGUUUAUGUACUACAGUACAGAGGAUAAAGUUCCUAACAGUACAAAUGAAAGUACUGCACACUCAGACGAUAUUAUUAAGUUUGAAUCACUGCCUUCUUCCCAGGAAGAAAAUACAGACCAUGCAAGACAGAUUAUGAAUACAGUAGAUAAUGUGAAAAACCCAGAAAGUAGCAUUCCUGCAAGUUCUUGUUUCCUCCGAGAUGUUUUGUGGACAUUUGAAGAUAUAACUAUGUUAGUGGGCUCCAAUUUGCCAAUAUUCGGAGGAGGAAAGUAUCCUGCUGUUAGUUUGAGAUUAAGGGAUUCGUCAAAACCAAUUUCUAUCUUGACUGGAAUUGACUACUGGCUGGAUAACUUGAUGUGUAAUGUUCCUGAAUUAAUAAUGUGCUACCAUUUAAAAGGCAUUGUGCAAAAAUAUGAGCAACUUAAAACAACUGAUCUACCCCAAUUAGAAGGAAGCAGUUUUUCGCCUGGUGUUAUUAGAGAUGUUGCCCAAAAUAUAUUAUCCUUUCUAAAGGCAAACUGUACAAAAGAAGGACAUACCUAUUGGCUGUAUAAAAGCACUAAAGAUGACAUAAUCAAACUAUAUGAUUUGACUUCAAUAUGUUCCAAUAGCUCAGUUGAGCAGCACAACCCGUUUUCGAUUACAGUUGCAUUGCUAUUGUAUCAGAUAGCCCGGAAUAUAAUCAGCUCAAACGAGAUUACUGAACAAAAUAUUACGAGAGUUAGAGCUCUCCUACAAAACUGUGAUCUGUUACUGGAGAAAGGAGGAAGACCUGACAUAUCCUUCUUGGCAAACUACUUACUUGCAGAACUUUAUGGUGAUAUAUACAAAAACAUAAACACAUCAAGUUGUGAUGAGACUGAUGACGACACGAGUCGGUCCAAUACAGAUGAUGAGCUGAAUGAAAAUGAAAAUUCUUUUAAGGCAGUAACAGUGUCUGUUAAUAAUUUACGAGUCCCUGCAAGACGAAGGAGGAAAUCUGUUCAUUUUGAAGUGCCAUUGUCAUCAUUAGAUAAAGAAUGUAAGUGCAAAAAGUCUUUGUGCUUUAUAUCCAAGGCUCUAGGUUGGUUAGACUCGUUAUCGGAAGAAGCAACAAUGAAUGAUGAAAGUAACAAUCCUCAAAGUGAGGCUAAAUUAUGUGAAAGCAAAAGUCAAACUGUUGCUAUUCAACAACAAGGCAAAACUACACUUGAUUUGAUAUCAAAGGACAUGCAAAUAUUGAAGAUGCCAUUAAGCAGUCAGCCAAAGUCUUCUAUUUCGUAUGCAAUUAUGAAAGAUGGCUUAUUGGAGACAGCAGCUAGAUGUUACCUGACACUAUCCGAUAUUAAUGUAACAAAAAAAAAGUUUGGACGUGCUCUUCGGUUUGUUCAGAUAUCGUGCUUUUGUCUAAUGUCAGUAAAAAAGCAAAGCUUAGAAUGUACGUAUUUAUCAGUCAAGUCUUUAAUGCUUUAUGGUGAUUUGUUAACCAUGUUGGUUAAAACAACAACAAAUAAAGAUUCAGAGAAAGAGGAUUUUACCUCACCUAAUGAUAUUGAUGUGCGUUUCAUUGCUUUGUUAAAACCAAGCGAUGAUUGCGAGCUUUAUGAUGUGAAUGUUAAGGCAAUUUGUGACUGCUUUGAAAGAACUGAUGAGGAAUUGUUAUUAUGUUCUGUAAGUUUGUAUGAGAAAGCUGUGAAGCGUACUGGAGAUGAAAAAGAAGAAAAUGUAAUGACUCAGAUUAUUGAGUUAACAAGAAGACUUGGAAAUGUACGCAAUGAAUUAGGUGUGUUACACAUGAAUAAAGCUGCAUUGAUGGCCAAAAAGUAUGGAAUUCCCUCAGAUCAAGAAGUGGAGUUAUGGAAAAUAAGUUUUGAUUAUUUUGAGAAUUCUAUCAGAGCUUUUGAAGUCGCUAAUGAUAAGGUUAACUUGGCAUUGGUCUAUGCUAAUAGAGGCAGGUUAAUGUGUCUCUGUGCACAGGUGUAUGGCUAUAGCACCAGGUCGAAAUUUGAAGAAUCGCGAGGGCAAUUCACACAGCAAGAAAAGACUUACUUUGGAAAAGCUUUUGAGUACUAUCACAAGGCUCUUCUUCUGUUAAACAGACAGGAGAAAUCGUCAAUAUGGAUUAAUGUGUCCAUAGAAUUAUCCGGUGCUUACUUCAUGAUGGCUACUGUGUUACAAGAUUAUGCUCCACUUAAUUCAAUGGCAGAAGAAAAGGUUAUAAAAGAGGUUUCAAGCUCAUUGAUGAAAGUACUACAAUAUGGUGAACCUGUUCUGCAGCAUUGUAGUGAACAACAGAGAGAUGUUGUUGUUCUUAGAUUGGGGAUGGUACAUCAAAGAUUAGCAUCUCUAUAUCACCAUGUACUAAGGAAUCAGUUGUCAGAUCAUGGAAAAAAGAAUUAUCGAUCGCUCGCUGAACUUCAUUAUAAAAAAGUUUACACUAUUUUGAACCCCUGUACAUAUCUAUUGGAGAACCUGCGUGUUAUAGUGUUACAUGCGGCUUUGUUUGAUUAUAUGUUAAAACAAGCAAGUACUGGAAGAACAUUAAAAUCGAAACUUGAUAUGUUUCUUCACAAAGAUGUUGAAUCAUCAAGAAAUUUACUUAGCGCAUUGAAAGAGGUUUUAAAUCAAUUAAAUUUAAAGAGUGAGAGUAAAUUGUAUGAUGACAUGGAUGAAUUAACGAAAGCUUUAACACUCAUAGGUGAACAGUUAAACUCAACAAUAAAAGAUGUUUUAAAAUUGUUAUCACACAAAAAGCAAAAAGACGGCUUAGAUUUGAGCACAGUCAAGCGUUUGUAUGAAAUUUUGUUAAGAGGUGUCAAUAAUAAAGAAAAUGAUAUAGAGAGAAAGGUGAGAGGUUUAGCAAGCGUUUUGUCUGAUAUGAAAAUGGAGUAUGCAGAUAUAAAGCUUUAAAAAUUUCUUAGAUGAACAAAAACUCUUAAUAUUUUUUUUAACAUUAUGUUGCUGUUGUUAUACAUUGUUUUAUGUAAAAAUAUUUUUCUAUAAUUACAUAGUAUAUUUAUACAAAAUUAUAUUUAAACAUUAUUUAGUUGUUUAUAUUUUCAUUUGUGAGACUAUAUACUUAAGUUCUGUUA